GCCAAUCCAAGCCAACGUCUCUUCCGCCCACCCGAAGUCCUUCCUUUUCAAUUCAAUUCUAUUUCUUCUUCUGUCACUCUGCGGAUACGGUGCACGCUUCCAGCGCCAAUCCAAACUAACGUCUCCUCCGCCCACCCGAAGUCCUUCCUUUUCAAUUCAAUUCUCUUUCUUUUUCUGUCACCCUGCAGAUAUGGCGCACGCUUCCAAUACCCAUCUUAGUAUUCCAAUAAAUUCAUUAAAAUCCAGUCUUUCAAUGGCUUCUCUAACGUCAAUUUCUCAUUCCCGGUUACCCUUUAGCAAACACCAGUUGAAAAAAACAGAGACCCCCAAUUCUGCCUCUUGUUUCUUUCCCAAGAAUCCACCCCGUUUGUUGUUUCAAUCGAUUAAGUUUACCAAAAUGCCUCAGAGGGGUGGUGUUGUUAUAUCGGCUAUGGCGGCUGUGGAGAAGUCGAGAAAUAGGUAUCCCGGAGAGGCCAAGGGAUUUGUGGAGGAGAUGAGGUUUGUGGCAAUGAGGAUGCAUACAAGGGAGCAGGCCAAGGAGGGCGAGAAGGAGGUGAAGGAGCCUGAAGAGCGAACAGUUACCAAGUGGGAGCCUUCUAUUGAUGGGUACCUGCGGUUUCUUGUGGAUAGCAAGCUGGUGUAUGAUACGCUUGAGGGGAUUAUUGAAAAGGCUGCUUUUCCUAAUUAUGUUGAGUUCAAAAACACAGGAUUGGAAAGGUCUGAAAAUUUAUCUAAGGAUUUGGUCUGGUUCACAGAACAAGGUAAUGUCAUUCCGGAACCAUCCUAUCCUGGUUGUAACUAUGCAGAGUAUCUUAAAGAAUUGUCAGAGAAGGAUCCUCAAGCAUUUGUAUGUCACUUCUACAACAUAUAUUUUGCGCACUCAGCUGGGGGUCGUAUGAUUGGGAAGAAGGUAGCUGAGAAGAUACUUAACAACAGAGAGUUGGAAUUUUAUAAAUGGGAUGGUGAGCUAUCCCUGCUUUUGCAAAAUGUUAGGGAUAAGCUGAAUAAGGUUACUGAGAGCUGGACAAGAGAGGAGAAGAACCAUUGUUUGGAAGAAACUGAGAAGUCAUUCAAGUAUUCAGGAGAGAUCCUCCGACAAAUAUUGUCAUGAUGCGCAUAGCUAUCUUGUUGUGAUAUUUUUUAGGAUAUGUUGCAAGCAAAGAUGACAUCUGCAUUUAUAUACCUUUUCCUUUUCCUUUAAAGCGACCAACUUCUUUGAAGCAUGAGAUGCUUUCACUGUCCUUAAUCAGAACUCAUUCAAGGAGUUUAAUAAAUCACAAACAUUUAU